AUGGACAAGCUGCCGGUAGAGAUUCUAACCAAAGUCAUCGACCUUCUCACACCAUCGGAGAAGGUACAGGUUCAAUCUGUUUCUAAGAAAUUUUUCGACCUUGCUCGUGAUAAUAACUUGUGGAAACUGCACUGUUAUGAACAGUCAUCGGCUGCCCUGCAGUCUUCCCGUCCGGCGGGCCGAAUCUCGGAGAGCCUCCUCGCACAUCCAACGGCCACUUUGAGUAGUUUGGGACAGAGCUCGCUGCGCGACUUGAUUCAACCGCCUCCUCCUGCUUUGGAAGAGGGUGCCCAAAGUGACUCUAGAGGGCUGUCGGUAGGGGACAGGGCAAGGGCGGCAUCCGAUUGGGAGUCGUCGAUUGAAGGAGAACAUGUGGACUGGUACUCAGAGUAUAUUGCCCGUCAUGGGCCCAUGUCUUUAUCUUGGGUACAGCAGCCAAUGAUGCAAAAUGGAGAAGGCCGAAAGCGCACACCAUAUGAAGUCAAGGGCAUGGGCUUGCUUAAGGACUGGAGUUCUGCGAGGCAGAAUAAGAUUGUUGCGCCAUUGGAUGACGGAAGUGUCUGCAUCUGGGAUCUUAAUCAUGCUCAUUGCGGCGGUUCACAAUCUAGCAAAGGAAAGAUCAUUGGAAUGAGUGAGCCAGGUCUCCUCAUGAAGAAUCUUUCUCGGCGGAGGGACCCCUCCCCUUCCAAAUCUUCGCUUGAGUUUAUCAACUUGGGCGAAGGAGUGAGCGUAGACUCCUUCCGGCACCGAGCAUACCUGGCUGUUGGGAACGUUCUCAAUGAGAUCGAUCUGGAAACCUUGAAAUUGAUCUCUCAACAGCGCUAUCCCUGGUCGAUCUUUGCACUUUCUCAGGAGACCGACUAUUCUGUCCCACUAACACUAGCCACCACACUCAGCCUUCAAAUACACGACGCCAGGCUACCUGCCACCGAAGAAGAGGAAGCGAUCAGUCUGAGGUGCGAAGAGAAUUCUGCUCCCUUAGUGCCCGAGCUGGACAUAUUCCCUUACUCGGACUCACCGCGGCUGGAACUCCAGCCCAAUGGAUUGCCUCCCCAUCGCAUUCGAAGCCCAGGCCCUUCAGACAAUACUAACUAUGCGCCCCUUUUCCAACCUGGCCCGCUGUCUAUCCUCCAUCCGCCCGCUCCGCAUGUAAAUAGCAUUAUUCUCGCCGGUCGAUUUCCCAGCAUCCUUUGCUAUGAUCGUCGCUUCUUCCCCCGUCUGCAAAGCACCGUUCACUCUGGAGGCAGCCUUUGUGGGCUUGCAUCUGCACCUGAACCUCGAUUCCCUGUUUUCAAAGAUUCGGACUACCCUGCAUCUCAUAGCGUUGUGGCAUGUGGCGAGUACAAAGGAAAAGGUUCACUCGAAUUAUACAACCUCAGCUCUUCCUCCGAAGAGCCCCAAAGUCGCCCAUCGGACAGAUCAUCCGCCCUCGCACCACAAUAUACAAACCGACAAAGUGCGGCCAGCUCCAAGCUUCUGUCGGUAGCAUCUCAUGGAAACCGUAUCGUCUAUUCAGAUUCCGAAGGAAAUAUCAAAUGGGUUGAGCGAAAUGGCCGUGCCGAAGUCCGCCGAUGGAACAUCAACUCUUCGCAGCCGCAAAUCCCAUUUUUCCGAAGCAGUCGAGCUCACAGUCCCGGACAACCCGGGACUGAAGAUCUUCAGCCCCGGGGGCUAUGGCCAAGCUCGCAGCCUGACAACAACAGUAGCGAGGUCGCCCGGAAGAUUCUUCCCACGGGAGGAAAUCUCACUGGGGACGAGCUGCUUGUGUGGACUGGCGAACGUAUCGGACGUAUCAAGUUUUCCAUACCGGCUGAUCCGGACUUGGAGGAUGACGAAGACGAGUGGUUCAUGCAUGCUGAGGUUGAUGAAGAAACACGGGACGCCAUGCGACACAAGUUAAGGGAUGAUUGGGAGAAAGAGCAGAGAUACGAAAACACGAUGCGGCGCGCAUUAGAGAGACAAGCGGACGAAGUACGAUGGAUGGGGACGGACAGCCUGGGCUGA